GAAUACAUAUUUUUAAAUCAAACAAAAGCAUGAACAAAGUCGUGGUUUACGUACUAGCUUUGAGUAUUCUCUUGUUCUUUGGAUUACCAAAUACAACACUGGCCCGAGUACAAUAUGGAUCUCCAGUUUCAAGGAAGGAAAUAGGAAAAGGGGUUUGGGAUCAAAAGGUCUUCAACGAGAUCAAGAUUGCUGUAGGAGGCAGUGAUUCAGUGCGAGCUCAUUCAAAAGAUCAUAAGAGCAACCCUAAUGGUUGACCGCUUACAAGGGCUCUUCCAAAUUUUUAAAGCAUAAAUUUUGAGAAAUUAAAUGUUAAGAGUUUUUGUUGGGCCUUAAAAUUUUUUCUAUGUCUAAUGGUAGAGCCCUUUAAGUGAGUUUCUUAAUCCAACUUUUCUGAUCCAAUAUUCACAAAUUGGAAACUAAUCCAGCCAAAAAAAGUUUCACUUUAUAUGGAGUGAUGAUGACUGAUUCAGUUUCAUACCUCUUCUCUUAAAGCUAUUUCAUUGUUUUGAACACCUUCUUACGAAUAUAUCAUAGUUUCACACUUUGAACCUAUUGGUAGGAUCUGUAAAAAAGAGCAAGUAGAAACCAUUAGGUUGAUUGAUCAUCUUUGAAAUUGGAUUUUCUGCACCAACAAUCUAUAAAAGAAGGGCAUUUACAUAAGAAACACAACCCUCUAUCAAGAUACCAUAAAAGAAGUGUUGACGAGGUACUAACUGAUAAAAGAUUGUCGUUCGACCUCUGCAAAUCAUCAAAAACUACCUCAAACAGAGUUUUCAAAGAUAUUGGCUUUCGUGACUCUUGACUCAGAUUGAGCAUCACAGUUUUAUCUUGACCAAUACCUACACAAUCAUCAAUAUUCUCAUGAGGUCUCAAAAGAGCUUUAAAUGUUAGGAUAAGGAUACAUUCCUUAUUAGAUAUCUGUCAAUAUUCUUGUGUAUAUUCGUAUACGUUUACAUACCGACUCUCUUGUACUAUAUAUAUUCUCAUAUUCACAUCAAUAAUACUCAAGCAAUUCUAUUCACUUUGGCAUGGUAUCAGAGCCAAAACCCUA